UGGCAGCUAAAUUUUGACUGGCUGGGACGAGUAGGUUCCGGUCAAGCGGAGGCAGCAGCGGGUUUUCUACAAACAGGCUUGAGUGAAUGUUUUGAGCAUCGCCAGUAACAAUAUGGCGUCGCUCAGAAUAGCCACCACUCACUGCUGCCAAUCGCAAUUGAAGCAGGAAUUUGGAUCGAGUUCGCUGCCGCUGAGAGGAAAGGGCGCGGACCUGAGAAGAGCAGCAGCUAGGAAGAAGAUCCAAUUGUGCUCGUCACCGUCAUUAGGUUCCAGGACCGCCGUGAUAAGAUCCGCCAUGGCUGCUCCACUUGAGAAGCCGGCCCAUCUGGAAAAGCUGGAGCUCAAGCCCGUCACCACCAUCUCCGGUACUGUCAAGCUUCCCGGCUCGAAGUCCCUGUCAAAUAGAACACUACUUCUGGCCGCUCUCGCCGAGGGAACUACGUUCGUGGAGAAUUUACUGGAUAGCGAUGACGUUCGCUACAUGGUGGCAGCGCUCAAAACUCUGGGACUUGAUGUGAGUGAAGAUCGGGCGAAUAACACUGCGACCGUGGUUGGCUGUGGCGGAAAAUUCCCAGUCAAGGAGCAAAAUGGAGAGGGAAUAGAGCUCUUUCUCGGCAACGCCGGGACGGCUAUGAGGCCAUUGACAGCAGCCGUUGCUGUGGCUGGAAGAAAUGCAAGGUAUAUAUUGGAUGGAGUUCCUCGAAUGCGGGAAAGACCGAUUGGAGAUCUAGUCGACGGUUUGAAGCAACUUGGAGCGGAUGUGGAAUGCAACCCAAGCACAAGGUGUCCGCCUGUGACUGUGAACGCCAAGGGUGGUCUUCCCGGAGGAAAUAUCAAACUCUCUGGAUCCAUAAGCAGCCAGUAUCUCACCGCAUUGCUGCUGUCAGCUCCUCUGGCUACGGGUGACGUCGAGAUUGAGAUCGUCGACAAGCUCAUCUCGGUCCCAUACGUUGAUAUGACUCUAAAGUUGAUGGAGAGGUUUGGAGUCUCCGUGCAGCGCUACGGAGCCUGGGAGAAGUUCACGAUUGCUGGCAACCAAACUUACAGAUCGCCUGGGAAAGCAUACGUCGAAGGAGAUGCGUCCAGUGCGAGCUAUUUUCUCGCAGGAGCGGCAAUAACUGGAGGCACAGUCAAAGUCGAGGGCUGUGGUACUACAAGCCUUCAGGGAGACGUGAAGUUUGCCAAGGUUUUGGAGAAAAUGGGAGCCACUGUGGAAUGGACGGAAAGCUCCGUAACAGUAACCGGCCCUCCAGUGAGCACCAAGACGGGCCGGAGGCUCAAGGGGAUCGACGUGAACAUGAACGCCAUGCCCGACGUUGCCAUGACGCUGGCGGUAGUCGCGCUCUAUGCUGACGGCCCGACCGCCAUCAGAGACGUCGCAAGCUGGAGAGUCAAAGAAACCGAGCGCAUGAUAGCGAUUUGCACCGAGCUAAGAAAGCUCGGAGCAACCGUGGAAGAGGGCCCAGACUACUGCAUUAUCACUCCGCCAAAGACCAUCAAACCCGCAGCUAUCGACACUUACGACGACCACCGGAUGGCGAUGGCCUUUUCUCUGGCGGCGUGUGGAGGCACGCCUAUAACCAUCAACGAUCCCAGCUGCGUGAGGAAGACAUUCCCGACUUACUUCGACGUGUUCAGCAGCAUGGCAACGCUGUAAAGCGAGAAGUUUGAACGAAGAACGAGGAAACAAUUGACAGGACUUAUUUAACUUCGCUCGGCAACCAAAUUUCUUCACGGAAGAGCUAGAGGACGGAAAAGACAGUACAGUCAGGCAUUGGAAAGAUUGGAGUUAUCUGUUUUUGUGAGGAGUUUCGGAUGCGUUGAAUAUCCGACCGUUGACUUAAAAGGUAGACAAGAAAAGCAGUUAUUUUGCAUAAAAGAUAUUUAAACACGGAUGAUCCAGUAAA